AUGUUAGAUUAAAUCGAUGAGUCUAUUGAUAUUUCAAUCAAAAUGUAAUCUCUCAAACCAUUAAGUAUUAUCUGAUCUUAUUUAGAUCGCAGUCCUGAAUAAAAGGUUAGUUUAUUAAAGCUAAGGAAAAAUUCAAAAAGUUUCGGAAAUUGCACCACUGAAAAAAUAAUUACGAUUUAUUGGUAUGAUCAAGAACAUGAUUACACCCAUGAAUUUUCAUAAGGUUUUAGUGAAAUCUUGUGUCUAGGAGAUAUUUGUAAUUGGGCAAUUUUGAAGUUAAAAGAAAUGAAUCUACCAAAAAUUCAUAUCGAAUAAACUAAAUUGUAUUUACCUAAAAAAAAAUAAGGUAAACCUAAUGAAGAUUUUCCAUGUACUUUUUUUAUUUAUUUUCAGCAUUCAGAAAUGAACUCUAACUCAAAGAUUGUGAUCAAACUAAAUUUUCCAUUAAAGUUUCAUUUUUAGCACGAGAAGUUACUCCUCCAUAAAGAAUCUAACCUCGUUCAUCAUAUAGUAACUCUCUAAAUAAAGAAAAACGAAUACCAAUAACUGAAUAAAAAAAAAGUAAAAACAAAACUAGUUUCUUUUGUUUUUGUAAUAAUGUUGAAUGAAUG